GUAAGGGUGCGUGGCCCCGAUGGGCAGGCGGCCCGCGGCGGGUCGCGGGACAGCAGUCAGCCGUCGGGAUCGCGCCGAGAGGGUCCGUGAGGGCUGACGGCUGAGUGUGGAGCGGGGAAGGCAGCAGGAACGGGGCGACCCGGGGACGGCUGGAUCGCGCCCUGUCACGCAUCCUCCCGUGGCCGACUACGCGGGACAGCUGUUGGCCCGAUUAUUAGGCUCCUGCAAGGUAUUUACGAACUGAUCGAGAUUUCAACUGAGCGAUGAAAGCGAUGAAUAGCUUGAGAGUCUUUCUUCAAGUGGAUCCAGUGAAACUGCUAUGGAGAAAGUUCCAGGUGCCAAGGUUCAUGCCUGUGAGGUCCUGUAGCCUCUAUACCUGUACUUACAAAACCCGGAGCCGGAACCCAGCUUUGCACCCACUAUGGGAGAGCGUGGACCUGGUUCCAGCGGGUGACCGCCAGUCACCCAUCAACAUCCGGUGGAGGGACAGUGUGUACGAUCCAGGCUUGAAGCCCCUCACCAUCUCUUAUGACCCGACUACCUGCCUGCACAUCUGGAACAAUGGGUAUUCCUUCCUUGUGGAAUUUGAAGACUCUUCAGACAAAUCAGUGAUCGAGGGAGGACCCCUGGAAGACCACUACCGGCUGAAGCAAUUCCAUUUUCACUGGGGAGCCAUUGAUGCCUGGGGCUCCGAGCAUACCGUGGACAGCAAAUGUUACCCAGCAGAGCUGCACCUGGUACAUUGGAAUGCAGUCAAAUUUGAAAAUUUUGAGGAUGCAGCCCUGGAAGAAAAUGGUUUGGCUGUAAUAGGGGUAUUUUUAAAGCUAGGAAAACAUCACCGAGAGCUGCAGGAAUUGGUGAAUGCUUUGCCAUCCAUCAAACAUAAGGAUACCCUUGUGGAGUUGCGCUCAUUCGACCCUUCAAGCCUGAUGCCAUCCUGCCCGGAUUACUGGACCUACUCAGGGUCCCUGACGACCCCACCGCUUUCUGAGUCUGUCACCUGGAUCAUUAAGAAGCAGCCGGUAGAGGUCGAUCACGAUCAGCUUGAGCAGUUUCGGACCCUACUUUUCACUUCCAAGGGAGAGAAAGAGCAAAGAAUGGUGGACAACUUCCGCCCUCUGCAGCCACUGAUGAAUCGAACGGUUCGCUCUUCCUUCCGCCACGAUUAUGUGCUGAAUAUACAAGCCAAGCCCACGCCCUCAACCAGCCAAGUGACCCGCUAGAUGUCCAUGUCUAGGUGGUAUUUUGUUUUAAUGUGUACAAGCUACAAAAUAUUAACUCUGCUAGUCUAGACACCUGCAAAAAAUCCUAACUUGUAGGUGGGCAUUUCUUGAUCUGUCAGUGUUCCUUUGGCCUGAGAAAAAGCUACUGAUAAACAAAUUCUUACCUUUUUUGAUACUGAUGUUUAACGCUGAAAUACCAGCAAACAACACUGCUUUCUCUUAUGACAAUCUAUUUCUUUUUUUCCGGCAUAUCUUGACCUAUCUUUUCAGUCAGUGGUUUAAUAUAGUUGUAAGUAGGGGCGAUGACCAAAAUAGUUCACAACUGAUAAGACACAGACUGACCAUCUCCAGUGCAAGUCUUUCUGAAAUAGUCCUGGGCUUAGACUGGUAAUUCCUGGCUCAGCAUUGCUUAUGGCUUUAGGUAUAUUGUAUUUCAAAAUAUAAAUAUGGCUUCUUUUAUAAGGCUUCUUCAAUGAGCAUAUUUGCUCUGAUCUUUAGUUGUCAGUACUAGUAUAGGAUAUGUUUAUUUAGUUACUACAAAUUUACGAUACUGCAAAAGUAUUUUAUAGUCCUAGGAAAAUAAAGAUUUACUUAUAUAUGAAAAAUACUUUUGCAUCUCUUAAGGUUCGACAUUUUAUUUAAAGGACAGAUAAAAUUGAAAGCAUAUACAGAAUAUUUUUAAAGAAAAUGCUUGAAGUGCCUGCACCUUAAAAAUUUUAAUAAUAUAUUUAGAGAAAAAAAUCAAGACUACAUAUAUUAGUCUAUAAUAUAUAGCACUAUUUUGCAUUAUUUGUAUACUGUUUUGUAUUUUCCACACACAGACUUAUCUUGCCAUCCCUUUAAAAUUUUCUGAACUUAAUUUUAUUUCGUUAGUUGAGAUUCUGUGUUAGGCAAGUGAUUAAUAUCAAUCUCCCAAUUUAGGCAGAGAUUUAUGAAGAAUUUUUCCACAGUGACAAGGAGAAAUACUUGUCAGAUUAAGCUAAAAUCUGGAGAGUCUCACAUUCUGAAAAAUACAUGCCACUGGUGCCCUUGCUUACAGUAACUUGGAAUGAUUCUAAUUGCCUAUAAAGUUAUGUUCAGGCUUAGCACUGUAUUAACUACUGGUUAGUAUUUCUGUCAUUAAUAUGCUAGUUUCCUAGCAAGCUAGAGUUGGAAGAAUGUACUUAACACUACUGAACUAUACACUGGAGAGAGUUAAGAUGGUAAAUUUUGUGUUACAGAUUUUCUCUUCUCUCUUAAAGUAUAAUGUUAUAUUUGAUAUGAUUUGGUAGAUUAUUUGUUGGGUCUAAGAACAGUAGAAAUUUUUUCAGAUAAAUUAAUUCUAAUGGUGUUCUCAGAUCUCUAAAUAACUUACCAAACAAUACCCAAACAUUUUGCUUUCAGAUUGAGGGGGAGCCCUAUAGUGCAUUUUACCACAAUUAGAUAUUAAUAAUAAUUUCAGGAUAAAGAAAGAUAGGGUUAGACUUGUAUGGGUAAGUUUGGAGGGUAUAUGCUCUAAAAAUGGGGGUAUGGGGAGGCAUUUGCUUUUAGAGUUCAUGAUAUCUCUGGAAAUGGAGUGCAUAUAUGCCCUCGGAAAUGAAUAAAAUUAUUAUUUUGUAUGAAGGCACUGUGAUUUGCAAAGUUGUUCAUGAUAGAGUUGUUUUAGGCAUACAAUGUUCGUUCCAACACCAGUCCCACCAUCAAUGAUCCCCUUCCCUCCACCAGUGUUCCCAGUGAAUAAAAUUAUUUCAAAAAGAUAAAUGUGCGCAAGAAGUUUAUGUUAACUCUGCAUAAUUGAUCAAAUCACAGUAAUUUUUGAAAUGGUAAGCACAUAAGAUAGGCUGUUUCCCAGGGCACUUAGGUUUUCCCUUCUACACCCCUGACAGCCUCGAGUGCCAGUACAGGGUCUAUUCAUUGCAAUGAGUCUUCCAAACCAGAGCGAGUCUGUGCAAAGACCACCUGAGUUUUCCUUGUGCCUUAGAGAUGCCCAGGAUAUAUUUACAGGUUGUUUUCCAAUUGGCACUUCUGACUUACUGUCACCCAUGUUAGGAUGUCAUUAUUAACAUUGCCUCAUUCCCUCUCACCUACUGUCCUGGUCUGCCUGAUUUAUUCUUGUUUAUCAGUUAUGCAGAUGUUGUGGAAAAUGCCUUGGGGGGGGGGUUCCUCGAUACCUUGGUCAUACGGUGAACUAAAUGGUGUGUGAAUUCUCUGGCUACUGAUAACACCCUAGCAAGAAACCUUCCGAUUGAUUCAUUUAUUUUUAUUUUUUAUUGAAUCACCGUGAGAUACAGUUAUAAAGUUGUUUAUGAUUGGGUUUCAGUCAUACAGUGUUCCAAUCAGUGUACAUUCAUUUCCUCCCACCCCGAACCCCCAGCCUGCCUCUGUGGCAGGAACUUUUCUUCUCUCUCUCUCUCUCUCUCUCUCUCUCUCUCUCUCUCUCUCUCUCUCUCUCUCUCUCUCUCUUUCCUUUUGGCCAUUAUGGUUUGCAACACAGGAAAGGUUAUCUCCUUGUUCUUGUCCACAGUUUUCAAUUCCAACUAUCAUUGUCACAGUGCUCCCUUCUCUGUUCUAACUCCCCUGCCCUCCACACUUGUGGCAAACUUCCAGCCAGGUGCUAGUCCUCCUGGCCCUCGUUUCUACUGUCUUUGGGUGUUAGUCUAAUACUAUGUUUUCCACAAAUAAGUGCAAUCAUUCUAUGUUUGUCCCUAUCCCUCUGACUCAUUUCACUCAACAAGAUACUCUCCAUGUUCAUCUAUGUAUAAGCAAAUCAUGCUUCAUAUUUUCCCACAUUCUGGCUAUUGCCGCAAUGAACACUGACAUGCAGAUGGCUUUACUGAACUUUGUUUUUGGGCCCCUGCGGUAUAUUGCUUGCUCAGUGGUGUUUCAUCUUUGAAGAUGCCUUUAGCUUCAAUGUCAUGGAAGGUUCUGCCUAAAUUUUCCUCUAUGUAUCUUAUGGAUUUUUUUGUCUGAUAUUGGGGUGUAUAAUCUAUUUUGAUCUGACUGUGCAUGGCAUUAGAAAGAUGUCUGAGCUCAUCUUUUUUUGCACGUAGCUGUUCAGUUUUCCUAGCAUCACUGUUGAAGAGGCUUUCCUUGCUCCAGAGAAACCUUUUAUGACUUCUCAGGUGUUUUUAUGCAGGGAAUUGGGAGUGUGCCCAGUGGUGCUCAGAGACUUCCUAUCUCUGUGCUCAGAAGUGACCCCUGGCAGAGCUCAGAGGACCAUAUGUGGCAUCAGGGAACAAACUGGUUUGCCUACAUACAAGGCAAGUGAUUGCCUCUCUGGCCCCCAAAGGUAUUUUGCUUGUAUCUUUUCUAGACACGAAGGGGAAAUGGGCUUGAAAUAUGUGAAAGGAUAUUAGAAAGAUUUUUAUAUCAAAAUUGCUGCUCAUCUUGGAGGGAUGUAAACCAAAUACAAACAUGAAAGUUCAUAAGUUUGUAACUGUACCCCACAGUGAUUUACUAAUAAAAAUUUAAAAAAAUAAAAUUGCUGCUCAUCUUC